AUCCGCCUGGAGCCGGGCCCAUGAGCGUGUCGCUGGUCGUGAUCCGCCUGGAGCUGGCCGGGGCCUCCCCGCUGCCCAAGGGCUUCGCCUACAGCGCGGCCGGUCCGGACAUGGCAGCGGAGAGCACCGGCGCGGCCCCCGCCGCCGUGCCCGCCUGCCUGCAGGGGAAGGGCCCCGGGGAGCGCGCGGCCAUCCUGCAUCAGCACCUGGGGCGGCGGGAGAUGACCGACGUGAUCAUCGAGACUAUCCGGCCCCGCGCAGAUGAAGCCAAAGCUGCCGUGGAAGGAAGGAAAUCCUCAGAGGCUGCGUCUGCUGAGGACAAAACCAAACAGGAGGAGCAGAGCAAGGAGCGUGAGGCUGCUCCAGACUCCCCCUCCAAGCAGCUCCCUGACCAGAUCUCCUUCUUCAGCGGGAACCCCUCGGUGGAAAUCGUCCAUGGAAUUAUGCACCUGUACAAAACAAACAAGAUGACCUCCCUGAAGGAGGAUGUGCAGCGCAGUGCCAUGCUCUGCAUCCUCACUGUCCCGGCCACCAUGACCAGCCACGACCUCAUGAAGUUUGUGGCCUCCUUCUACGAGGUGAUUGAGCACAUGAAAAUCAUCAGAGACUCCACCCCAAACCAGUACAUGGUGCUGAUCAAGUUCAGCUCACAGGCUGAUGCCGACAGCUUCUACAUGGCCUGCAACGGCCGCCAGUUCAACUCCAUCGAGGAGGAUGUUUGCCAGCUGGUGUACGUGGAAAGGGCUGAAGUCUUCAAAUCAGAAGAUGGGGCCAGCCUGCCCGUGAUGGACCUCACAGAGCUGCCCAAGUGCACCGUGUGCCUGGAGAGGAUGGACGAGUCGGUGAACGGGAUCCUGACCACGCUGUGCAACCACAGCUUCCACAGCCAGUGCCUGCAGCGCUGGGAGGACACCACGUGCCCUGUCUGCAGGUACUGCCAGACACCAGAGCCUGUGGAAGAGAACAAGUGCUUUGAGUGUGGAGUUCAAGAAAACCUGUGGAUCUGUCUGAUCUGCGGGCACAUCGGCUGCGGGCGCUACGUCAGCCGCCACGCCUACAAGCACUUCGAGGAGACCCAGCACACCUACGCCAUGCAGCUCACCAACCACAGGGUCUGGGACUACGCUGGAGACAACUACGUCCAUCGGCUGGUGGCCAGUAAAACUGAUGGGAAGAUCGUUCAGUACGAGUGUGAGGGGGACAUGUGCCAGGAGGAGAAAAUUGAUGCCUUACAAUUAGAGUAUUCCUAUUUGCUGACGAGCCAGCUGGAAUCCCAGCGGAUCUAUUGGGAAAACAAGAUUGUCCGGAUAGAGAAGGACACAGCUGAAGAGAUUAACAACAUGAAGACCAAAUUUAAAGAGACCAUUGAGAAGUGUGACAGUCUGGAACAGCGGCUCAAUGACUUGCUCAAAGAAAAGCAGUCUGUGGAGAGGAAGUGUUCCCAGCUGAACAACAAGGUGGCAAAACUCUCCAAUGAGCUGAAGGAGGAGCAGGAGCUGAACAAGUGUUUGAGAGCAAACCAGGCCUUGCUGCAGAACAAACUGAAGGAGGAGGAGAGGGUGUUAAAGGAGACCUGUGAGCAGAAGGACCUGCAGAUCUCCGAGAUCCAGGAGCAGCUGCGGGAUGUCAUGUUUUACCUGGAGACACAGCAGAAGAUCAACCACCUCCCGGCCGAGACCCGGCAGGAGAUCCAGGAGGGACAGAUCAACAUCGCGGUGGCGUCUUCUGCCAGCUCCUCCACGGCAGGCACAGGCAAACCUUCCUCCAGGAGAGGCCGUGGCAAGAGGGGCAAAUGAGCCUGGGAACGCUCCGCUCCCACCCUGGAACUGGCCGUGCCGGCGUGGGCCCGGCUCACCUCGGGACUCCGGCUGGGAACGCCCAGCCCACUAAAGCUCAGCUAGAAAUUGUCUCCAGAGCUGCUCAUAAAACUGGCUGCCAGUCAGUGGAGGUGUCUGUGGUAUUUAAAAGCAUUUCACUGCACUAUUUAGCUGUUUUUUAGGCAGAUCUUGAUGACCGUUUUGCCUUCCCACCUUUCCAGAGCCCCUCCUGUCAUGCAUUUGACUUCCUCGGAGAGGGUUUUGGCGUGGGGAGGGUGUGUCCAUGUCAAACAUCCCAUUCCCUGCAGGGAUGCUGUAGAGUAGGCUCAGCCCAGUGUGUAAGGCUUCUCCAGUUCUUCUCCUGGAUUAAAAGUAUUCUCAAUUAAGAAAUUAUUUAAUAAACAGUGUAAAUUAGACUAUAUACAUCUCCUUUUUGUAUGGGCAGUCCUGGCACUGCAGAACUGCCAGUGCAGGAGUAGAACUGUAGUUUGGAAAUAAAAAGGAGUGAGGUGUGGAAAAUAAACCAUCUUAGUGGUGUAAGAAACCAGGUGAGUCCUAAAGGCUCGUGAUCUGGGAAAUUAAAUGCUUUAAGGGACUUUGCUAUGAUCUCUUUCUUCGUUUUACAGGUGGCCUUUGAGAGGCCAGUGCUUGCUGUGCUACCUUUGGGGCAGAAAGGGUGGAAGUUUUGUGUUCUGGAUGCUGUUUAAUAUUAUUUUAUAGGUAUUUCUACAAAUUAAAUCGAGACCUGUGAAGAUGGGAACGUGCUCCCAGCAUUCCAGUCCUCACUGGGCUGUACUGGGAAUGU